AAAAUUUAACAGAUUUCUCUUUAUUUUCGUUUUCUCUGUUUACCUCGAACAGUUAACAAAUUUUACUGGAGUUUUCCCUGCUAAAAUGAUGUUUUAAUUCCCUCAAAAGUUGUAGUAAGUUGUGAAAUCUGGGGUAGACACCAUGCCCGACAUAAAAAUAACGCCACUCGGUGCUGGCCAGGAUGUGGGUAGAAGUUGCAUCCUGUUGUCGAUGGGCGGCAAGAACAUUAUGCUGGACUGUGGAAUGCACAUGGGCUAUAACGAUGAGCGCCGGUUUCCGGACUUUUCCUUCAUCGUUCCGGAAGGACCAAUCACGAAUCACAUCGAUUGUGUCAUCAUUUCCCACUUCCACUUGGACCACUGCGGAGCACUCCCUUUUAUGACGGAAAUGGUCGGUUACACGGGUCCGAUUUACAUGACCCAUCCAACCAAGGCCAUUGCGCCGAUCCUACUAGAGGACAUGAGGAAGGUGGCCGUGGAACGGAAAGGUGAAAGUAACUUCUUCACCACCCAGAUGAUUAAAGAUUGCAUGAAAAAGGUGGUUGCGGUCACAUUACAUCAGAGCGUCAUGGUUGAUAGUGAGCUGGAAAUCAAAGCAUACUACGCAGGCCAUGUUCUGGGGGCGGCAAUGUUUUGGAUACGUGUCGGAUCACAAUCAGUGGUGUACACCGGCGACUAUAAUAUGACUCCGGAUCGACAUCUUGGCGCAGCCUGGAUUGAUAAAUGCAGACCGGAUUUGUUGAUUACGGAAAGCACUUAUGCAACCACUAUCCGAGAUUCGAAACGUUGUCGAGAGCGGGAUUUUCUCAAAAAGGUACACGAGUGCGUUGCCAAAGGAGGCAAAGUAUUGAUUCCAGUAUUCGCUCUAGGUCGUGCCCAGGAGUUGUGCAUUCUGCUGGAAACAUACUGGGAGAGAAUGAAUCUGAAGUAUCCAAUAUACUUUGCUGUAGGGCUAACAGAAAAGGCCAACAAUUACUACAAAAUGUUUAUUACCUGGACCAACCAGAAAAUUCGAAAAACUUUCGUCCAACGGAAUAUGUUCGAUUUCAAACACAUCAAGCCUUUCGAUAAAGGCUAUAUCGAUAACAAUGGAGCGAUGGUGGUUUUUGCUACUCCUGGUAUGCUUCAUGCGGGACUUUCAUUGCAAAUUUUCAAAAAGUGGGCCCCAAAUAAGAACAACAUGGUUAUUAUGCCAGGAUAUUGCGUGCAGGGAACCGUUGGGCACAAAAUUCUAGGCGGAGCAAAGAAGGUGGAGUUUGAGAAUCGACAAGUAGUGGACGUUGAGAUGUCUGUAGAAUACAUGAGUUUCAGUGCCCACGCAGAUGCCAAAGGUAUCAUGCAAUUGAUUCAAAACUGUGAACCCAAGAAUGUGAUGCUGGUACACGGCGAAGCGGCUAAAAUGGAAUUUCUCAAAGAUAAAAUCAAGGAAGAAUUUCACAUCGAUUGCUUCUCACCUGCCAAUGGCGAAACUUGUGUCAUAAGUACACCGAUCAAAAUUCCAGUUGACGCUUCUUUGUCGAUACUGAAAGACGAAGCCAAGAGAUACAACGCUGAGCCACCAGAUCCGAAACGACGCCGAAUUGUUCAUGGUCUCUUGGUCAUGAAAGACAAUAAGAUUUCUCUAAUGAGCAUUGACGAAAUUUUCAACGAAUGCGGUAUCAAUCGUCAUGUUAUAAGAUUCAUCUCUAAAGUAAAAAUUGAUGAUCCAGGUCCGAUCCCUCGCACAAUCGAGAAACUGUUUAACCUGCUGAACGAGCGGCUUUCCGGCUGGACCGUUACUAUGAAUGAGAACGGAUCCAUCAACGUCGAAUCGGUAAACAUCAAAAUUGAAAGCGAGGAAUCCAUUGGAGCAGCUCAGGUUGCAGCAUCUGGGUCCGCAGGAUCAACAACGGCUUCGGGUUCAUCUGCUGCUGCCGUCAAUAAAGUCUGCAGUGUGUCGUGGGUCAACCAGGACGAGGAUCUGGGAAGCUACAUUUUGGGUUUGAUGCAAAGUCUGUGAGGCCCCGAAGCUUCUAUUGGUAUAUUUCUUUUCAUUUACUUUCUUUGAAUUAUAGUAUUAAGGGCCAAUAAAAUUAUUUAGAAAACA